GCCCGUCAAGCUCGCAGCCUGGAAAGUUUCUGGCUGGCGGCCCGUGACGGAGCGCGCCCGCCGGAGCCAGGGUCUGGGGCCAUGCGCGCUCCAGCCGGAGGGCCGAGGCGGAGACCGGAGUGGGCGGCCCUGCGUCGCAGUGAGGUGCUGGUCUGCGUCUGCGGCCUGGGGGAUGCCCCACUCCGGUGGUACAAGAGCUUCGCGACCGAGGCGAUCAAUGCGGGGUUCAAGGUGAGCUCCUACGACCCGUCUCCUACGACCCGUUUCUGCUGUGCCUCCACGCAGACGGCAAGCACUGCGGGCCCCCGGCCCUGGCUGUCGACGACGCCCGUAGUAGGGGCGACGAGUACUCCCAGAAGGCCAUGGAGAAAAUCACUUUGAGGUUCCCGCUCGGCAUGCACAGGGGGGGGGGGGAAUUAGAUUUUCUGGGCGAGCAGCUGGAGCAGAGGCCAGACAAGUCCGUCAAGGUCAGUCCAAAGAGCAUGGUGGAGGAUAUCGAGCUCACCAACAUUCCGGCGGCCCGGAGGGCCAUGCUGAACGAAACGAGACGUGCAAUGAGAAGGAGAUCUCAGCGCUGCGCGCCGUGGCUGGCCCCCUCAACUACGCGGGGAGAGAGGCGUGACCGGGCCUGAGUGGCCCUGUCUCGCUGCUGCAGAGCACAUUCCCGAAUGGCGGACCUCUUGGAGGGCAAUCGGCUGGUGCGCAUCGGCAAGGAUUUCUCUCUGGCGCGCGCCUGUGGAUCCGACCCAUCGACCUGGGGACCUCCAUGACAUUCGUCACCGUGGCGACGCGGCGUGGGCGAACGCGAAGGACCAGGGCAGCCAGGCCGGGUGGAUCAUCAUGGCAGGUGACAUCCGCAUCAGCAGAGGGAGCUGGGGAAAUACAUCCCCGCUGCCGUGGCGCUCUCACCGGCUGGCGCGCAAGGUGCCGAGCUCCCUGGCGGCGGAGACGCUGGGCGCGGACGAGGGUUUGGCGAACGGCAUCUACCUGCGGGCGAUGUUCGCGCGGUUGGCUUUCCCCGGGCUCAUGGCCUGGACGGCGCCAGAAACCGGGGGGGCCUUCCCUCUCAUCGCGGUCGCCGACAGCAAGUGCUUGUACGAUCAUCUGGACAUCAUGUCGGCGGGUCCUUGCAAGGACUGGAGGACUGCUCUGGACAUUGCGAUCUUGCGGGGGAACCUGAAGGACCGUGAGGCGAGAAUUCGGUGGUCGACCCUCUCACGAAGGAACGGAUGUGCUGACCUGCUGCGAGGAGUCUCGCAGAAAAAGGGGAGUUCGUGGACAUCGAGGAAGGUCGAGCGCUCUGUAUUCGAGGAGGAACGACAAUCGAGGGUUACCCGACGAGGAGCGUUCGGCCGCCUGACACGGCCGAGUGAGACGACUAGCUCCCCUGGAUCCGAGCAUGCCUGUCCAGUCAUCUUGCGCCUAGACCACUGCCCGCUCUCGCACUUACAUGUCUAGCCUUGCGCGCUCUGUUUUAGAGUUUCGCAUGAUGUCUACCCUGUCUGAACCUUUUAUAGAGUUGUCGAGAGGGGUGGGCUGCUGGACAAGACUGUGUCUUGGCAUCUAAAAUUCGGCGGCGUGCGAGAAGCUUCGUGGUUAUUCUAGUAUAAGCAGGAGAUGCCAGACACCCCCAGCCCGAACCCUUCAAUAAGCAUCUUGGUUCAGGCAGAGGCUUCGGCCCCUUUGAUGCAUCAGGAAGUGGUGUACACGCCGGUACUGAAA